CUUAACCCAGUUUAUUGUUCAUUGACUACUCUUAGUAUGCCAUUCAUAGGUUUAUUUCCUCUAAAUGUGUAAACAUUGAAACUCCCAGGCACCAUCAAGACAUUGAGAGCGUCCGCUCAGAUCUGUCAAUCUCUUUCCAGAUGAGACCAUGACUGACACGUUACAUGUGAAAAUAACUUCAGCUUCAGUUACAGAGUGAAGGCCAAAAUUCACUGCAUUUAGACCCACAAAGAUUAAUCAGGUCUUGAACGUGUCAAGGCAAACAGGGCAUUGGAUCCUCCUACAGCGCUGGUCCUCCAAUUCUGAAGGGGGAAUUAAACACAAAGUAAAACACAAACAAACACACACUUUACACAAUAUUCGUACAUAUAUCUGUAAAAGACUUUAAUCAGCUCAACAUGUGCCUGCAAGAAACAAACAAAAACACAACAACAACCGAACCUGUUCUAUGCAGUCAAUGGGGCGCUGCGUCCGACAGCAGGAGCAACCUGGUUUACAAACUUCAUGAACCACAAGCAAAUUCAAAAUAACUAAAUACAAAAAAAGAACACAAAUUAACAAAUCAAUUAAAUCACAAUACAGUUAGAACAAGCAAAAACAAAUCAAUCCCAAAAGAAUGAAAAAAAAAAAACUCACUGGUGGAUAACUGCCCGUUGUACACCCCCUCAAGACUAGCUGUGAGAUAUGUGAGUGGGCUAAUUCCAAGCCACAUAACGUCACUUCCUGUUUGUUGCUGCCGCGCUGUUUGAGUUAGAGCUCCGUCGAGUUGAUUCCUAAUUGCUUGUUUUUUUUUUCUUAAAAUCGAAUUUAUAACCUACCAUUCUCUCUUUUACGGCGAGGGAACACAUCCCCGACACUAUUUUAUAUAAAAAACACUCGGAUUGCCUUGAUAUCGCUAGUUUUAUCCGACUUCUCGAACAUUCGCUACUAGCUUUAGCCCGUUAGCAAUAGCGGUGUGGUCACACUAGCGUUUGUACUCUUCUCACUCACAAUAUUAUUGUUCAUCUAUACUAAUGGCGGGCGUACCGAAUGUGUCUCUAUCUUUGAGUGCAGGUGAGGACACGUUCGAGCUGCAUGCGGUGCAGUUGGAGCUGGAGGCCGUGGAACGACAGAUUCGGACCCUUCUGGAGAAGCAGGCCGAGCUACGGGAGCGGCGAACAGCACUGGAAACAUCCCGUGCUGACGCUCACCAAUCCUCGGUAAGUUUGCAGCGCGAUAUUAACAUUCCUGCUUCCUCUACGCCGUGUGCUUCUCUGCACAGGGCCCGAGAACCCAGAACGCGUUCAUCCCAGCCCUCGUUCACUCCGGCGCCGUCACACCAGGGACCUUGGGUUCUUCAGCAACGGAAGGCGCGAGCCAGGCCUCGGACUAGGACCUCUCCCCCUCCGCCGCCCCCGGUCUUCGAGGUCUCGACGAGGAACCGCUUCUCCCCUCUUCGCGAGGCAGAACGAGACGCCGUGGUCAUCGGAGACUCCAUCGUCCGUCACGUCCACGCUACCACAACCAAAGGUAAGGUGCGCAGUCACUGUUUUCCUGGUGCUCGUGUCCUCGAUGUCUCUGCGCAGGUUCCCGCGAUCCUGAAUGGCGCUGAGAGCAUCGGAGCUGUUGUUCUGCACGUGGGGGUGAACGACACCAGGCUGCGGCAGACGGAGGUGCUGAAGCAGGACUUCAGGAGCCUGAUCGAGAAGGUACGAGCCACAUCGCCCGCGAUGAGGAUCAUCGUGUCCGGACCGCUUCCGACGUACCGACGUGGACAUGAAAGGUUCAGUAGAUUAUUUGCUUUAAAUGAAUGGUUAAUGUCUUGGUGUACUGAACAGAAGCUGCUCUUUAUAAAUAAUUGGAAUCUUUUCUGGGAGCGACCUAGGCUCUUCCCUGCUGAUGGCCUGCACCCCAGCAGAAUCGGAGCUGAUCUUCUGUCGGAGAACAUCUCCAAGACGCUUCGCACCGUAUGACUAAGAGUACAUCAGUUUCAGUUUGGAUCCAGCCUCUUAAGAAGACCUCAGAUGACUAAAACUUUGGAAGAGACGGCGCCAACUCCUGCGAUGACUUCAGAAGAUGCAACAUCUGGAUCAACACGCACAUUCACAUUCUAUAAAUCCUAAUUAUUGUUAAUAUGUAAUUCAUUUUUCCAGGAGCUCUUUGCUUCUACCUCCAAUUACAUUGCUAACAGUGAUUGUAUGUUAAUCGCCUAAAUUAUUACAUUAUUAGCUAACUGCAGUCUCCAAAUUGUAAUGUUGAUAUGCAUUCUCUGUAAAGCUGCUUUGAAACGAUAUGUAUCGUGAAAAGCGCUAUACAAAUAAAUGUGAAUUGAAUUGAAUUGAAUACAUAAAUACAUCCACAGAAGUGCUUAACAACACGACACACACUGACACACAAACACAGAAAUAAACAGAAUUACACUAUCCACAUCAUUCCUAACAUAUUUCCAAACAUCCCACAACAAUUAAAAUUCAUCUAAACAAUCAAUUAAAAAGUGCUAUAAUGCCAA